GAAUUCAAAAUGGCGUACAAUUAUGGACCCCCACAAGGCGGUUACCCUGGACAACCAGGUGGUUACCCUCAACAAGGUGGUUACCCAGGUCAGGGCUACCCUCCUCAGCAAGGUGGUGGCGCUGGUGGAUUUGCACCCCCAACAAUGGGAGCACCUGUUGAUCCUCAAAUAGCAGCCUGGUUUCAAGCUGUGGACCAGGAUAGGUCAGGAAAAAUAACAGUGUUUGAAUUACAGAGAGCCUUAACUAAUGCUAACUAUUCUCAGUUUAAUGCUGAAACUUGUCGUCUUAUGAUUGGCAUGUUUGAUAGAGAUAUGAGUGGUACUAUAGAUAUCAAUGAGUUCCAGGCUCUGUAUAAAUAUAUUGACCAAUGGAAGGGAGUCUUUGAAAGAUUUGAUGGCAAUAGAUCAGGCUUUAUUGAUUGUAAUGAACUUAGGAAUGCCUAUGCUUCAAUGGGGUACAACCUUUCCCCGCAGUUUGCUCAGAUGGUUACUUAUAAAUUUGAUAUACAGGCACGACGAGCGUUAACACUAGACAUGUUUAUCCAGUCUUGUGUCAUGUUAAAAGGGUUAACAGAUUCCUUCAAACAACGGGAUCCCCAGAUGAGAGGUCAGAUAACGUUGGGGUACGAAGAUUUCAUGACCAUGGCUGUCUUUAACAAAGCUUAAUUUUAUAUCAUUUCUUUUUCUAUUAGCAACAUAGGGAUAUAUCCAAUCUAUGAAUGUAGAAAUGUCAAGACACAAUUUUUUUUGUAUUAUUGCUUGGGCCUUAUUCUUGAAAACUUAACUAACGAUCGAUUAAGUAUUCCAGUCAUCUGAUUGGUCAAUUACUAAAUUUAUUUUCAUUUAGUUUUAUUAUCCAAUCAGAUUAUUGAAUUUAUUUUAGU